CUGUAUUCCGUUUUAUUCGGUUGCAGACUGUUGAGAUACAUAGGUAAUGCGUCGGUCGGAUUUUAAUUAAACUUUUCCACGAUUUCAAGAGUAAUCAAGUAGAGAGGAACAUUGAUAUAUCUAUUAAGAAAAAAUAUAUAUACAUUUAUAUUUGUAUGUAUAACUAAAGAGGAACAAAAAAAACAUAAUAGAACAUUAAACUGAAAGUACAACAGCAAUAACCAGUUUAAAAUUUAAACAAUUUCAAAAUUAAAAAAAGUAAAUAAUUUACAUAUCGUAAAAAUAAAGUUCAGACAAAAAUUAAAGAAAACAAUAAAAAUAGAGUAAAACAAUAAUAAAAGAAAGAAGGUGGUAUUAGCAAACAAAAAAAUAAUAAAAAAUCAAAAGUGUAUUAAAGUGAAUGUGUUUUCCAAAUUGUUGUUGCCACUCCGCGUAAAAAUAUUUUUUUGUUGUUUGCUACGCAUAAAAUGUUCCUUCCUCGAUUCGAUUUCCUUGCCAAAUACACAAAAAUCAAUAAAAAGGACAAUUGAGAACGUAUAACAGAACAACAACAACAAUACGACUACAACGAGAGGGUCUUAUAACGGACAACGGCCUCAUGGAUUGUGUUAGUUCGUAUUUAACGUUACGCCAGUGUGGAUGUUGUGUAAAAAAUGUGUUUAUUUUUCAACACUUUAUUAACAGUAUGUAAAAAUAAAUUUUGAUCCAACAGGAUAUAAAAUCACUAAACAAAGUUGUAACAAAUAUCUAUUUUAAAUAAAGAUUUGGAAAUUUCCUUAAAUUAGAGUGCGUGCAUUAACAAAUUAAAAUUUGUGUUACAAAAUAUAUAGAAAAGAAAACCUUAAAUAUCCUUAAAAAAAUAGAGCUUCUGGUAUUGUGUGUAUAAGCGUUAAGUUGUGUGGUAUAGCUACCUAGUUUUCAAAGGAGAACACAGGUCGUGUAUACCAAGAACUGCGCUGAUAAACUCAAUUCAACCCCAGUGCAAAAACAAAAAGAAGAAUAUAAAAACAAUAUAAAUAAUUUAAAGAAUCAACCAACAACCUGCUCAGCAGAAGAGUUACAACUCUUACCAUAUAAACACCAACCAGUUUUUUGUGUUAAUCGAUUGCUUGAGCCCAAUUUCCAGAGUAUCGCACAUAGUAAUCAUGUCAUUACAAACUAAACGCCAGCACUGCUAUUUGUGUGAUCUGCCUCGUAUGCCCUGGGCUAUGAUCAAUGACUUCUCAGAGGCGGUUUGUCGCGGCUGUGUGAAUUAUGAGGGAGCCGACAGAAUUGAACUGGUCCUAGAUGCGGCCCGACAAAUGAAACGUCUGCAUCAGGCGGCCAAACGCAGCCAUGAAAAUGGUGAGGUACAACAGUCAUCGGUACAACAGCAGCCUCAGAGUCAGCAUCGCAGUGGAGCGCCCAUAAGUGUGGGCGUUGUGGGUCAACAACAGCCGCAACAACAUCAUCAUAGUUAUCCUUCUCAACGAAUAGGACCGCCUCAGGCCACUCUCAUGGACUUUCCGGUAAAAAUGGAGGCUCACGAUGCCAGUGUUCGACCAGUACGCAUUUCACACAUGACUCCUCAUCACAUGUCCAUGUCGAAUAGAGCGGUGGCUGCUGCUGCGGCCGCUGCCAAUUCCAACAUUAAUCCAUCCCAGGUGGGUGGACCCGUGCCACCUGCUUUAUCGGUUAAUCUGAAACGGCCGCCCUCCGAGGAGGAUGAACAUGCCCAUAAUGAUGGCAGUGGUCCCUCGGGCAUUAAAAGGUCAGCUAUAGAUGAUCCUGCCUCCCGACCACCUCUUACUCGUGGCGAAUCAUUGCCAGCAGCCGUCUCUUUCAUUUCGGAACGUUCUUCUGGAUUACGCGACAAACAUCAGCCGGUCCGGGCGCCCUCAUUUGAUGCGUCUACCUUUAAACCUGGCGUAUUUCCAACAUUGCCACAUCCGGCCGUUUCACUAGGCAAUUCGACGCCACCGGCAUUACCAACAUCUCAGCCACAACCACCUCCGCCACAGUCAAUAGCACCACCACCCAUGCCACAAUUAUCAACAACAGCCACCUCAGUUACCCAAUUAACUCAAAGUCCAAUGGCUAAUUUAAUGUCUAUUACAGAGACAUUGCCACCAGGAAGUCCACGUAACGGACCGAGUCCACCCGGACCACCACCACCACGUACCGCCUCAAGAGGUAGUCAACAUUCACCGAAUAGUUCGGCAGGUUCAUCAUCUGGUCGCCGCUCAUCCGGUUCACGUCACGUUUCGAGUACAACAGUAACCAGUUCCGAGGUACAGGCCAAUCAAACAUCAAAUGCCCCACCAGUGGGACCCGGUGGUUCAGUGAAUAAUGUGGGUGUUAGUAGUGCAGCGGCUCCGGGACCUCUGCCGUCACAAGCCACCGGUCCCGAUGGACAAGUGACCGGACCUGCGGGUAGCAAUGCCUCUGGACAACCACCUAGCGGCCUAAGUAAUGCCGGCGCCGCACCAGCAGGCACUGCAGCACCUCCACCCCCUAAUACAGCCCAAAAUACCACCCUUAAGUGUACGCUCUGCCAGGAACGUCUUGAAGAUACGCACUUUGUGCAAUGUCCCUCAGUAAAUCAUCACAAAUUCUGCUUCCCCUGCAGUCGGGAGAGUAUAAAGCGACAAAAUGGUCUGGGUAAUGAAGUCUAUUGUCCUAGUGGUGAUCGUUGUCCGUUGGCUAACUCAACGAUACCUUGGGCGUUUAUGCAGGGCGAAAUCACGACUAUUCUAGGAGAAGAAGUCAAGGUUAAAAAGGAGCGUGAAUCUUAAUGUCCAUUUUACUGCAAAAAGCUGAGGCGAGCUUUGGAAAAAUAUUAAACAAACAAAAAAAAAUUCCCACUUUUUUCCAUUUUAAAAAAAUGAUUGAGGGAAUUGAACAUCAACUAUAAAACUAAAACAAACAACAAUCAUUUUAUUUGAAAGGCCUGAUAGAGAGUUUUCCAAAAACAUUUAACAUCUAAAAGAGACAGCAUAAUAAAAUUAUGCUGCCCAAAAAGAAAAAAAAAACUCUUUUUAACUCAGCCCAAAAAUCAACCAACUCCUUAACGUUUUUCCUCUUGCUGUUAAGAAAUUAGUGUUAAUAUAACCAAUCAACCAUUUAAAAAAGUUCCAGUUUAAAAGCAAACAUUUUGUUAUACUGGAUAACUAAAUUUGAAUUGUUUAAUUUGUAUAACUAAAGAAAACAAAACGCAAAUUUGUCUUAACAAAAGCAGAUUUCUCAGAUAAGCAGUCGCCCCAGUGGCUGCAGAGAACUUUGAUGUAAAUAUUAUUUAAACAAAAAAAUACAAUAUACAUAUAAUAAUAUUAAUUAUGCUUAGAGUUAUUUAAUUAUAAAGUAAUAUUGAUAAUGAUGAAAAUAAAAUAUAUAUUUAAAAUAAAAAAGAAAAUAAAAUAAAAGUAAUAUUAUAAUAAAAUUAUUGUAGGACUAACUAAUUUAUGUCUAUAUGUAUAUGUAUGUAUUUAUUUAUAUAUAAUGUAUUAUGAUGUAUUUGUUAUUUGUAUGAAUAUGAUGAAUAUCAGACAUUUUAAUAAAUGUUUGAGGUUUAAAACACAAACAAACAAAAAAUGAAAUAUUCUAAUAACAACAAUCACUUUAAAGAAAUACUAAUAAAUGUGACUAUAAAUGUAUGAAUUAAUAAUUAUAAUAUUUAUAUUACAAAAACAAACUGAAAUGAAAUUGUUAAACAUACAAAAUUUUGUAUGAGUAAGCAGACAAAAGUUAACAUACUUUAUGUUUGUAUGUUUGCUUACCAAUAUGUGUGUCCAAAUUUUUUUUGUAUGAUUAUAAAGAUACAACAAUUUAUAGUAGCAGUAGUCGUCAGUCUUGCAGCAACAUUAGGUCUAGAUAUAACGUUAGUAGUUGGAUUGAAUGCAAAAGUAGUUGUAGAACAAAAGUAAACUAAUUCUGUUGGUAAACUUAUUUUUGUAUUUGAAAAACUUUAGUAAAAUGAAACAUCUUUUGCUAGUCGACUACUGGGGAAAAAUCAUACAAAAUAAGCCCACACAAACCCCAAUUUGAAUAUACAAUUCAUGUAUGUAUGUAUUUUUAUAGCCAUAAUGAAUGAUCCUUUUUGCAAAGAGAGGAUUCAUUCUAAAGAUCGAAAUUUUGUAAAUUUUUUUUUUUUUGGUAGUUGUAACUAAUUGUAGCUCUAGUAAUUGUAGUCCAGUAGUUCCGGAAAAUUAAACAAUCCCAAGUAUAUGUAAUGUACACAUUUAAACACACACACACAAAUAAAUACACCUUUUGCAUAUGGUUUUAGUUCUAAGUCCAAAUAAAUAAUGAAUUGUUUUCAAAAUUAUAUUUUGAAAGGCCUUAUUUUUUAUAAAAUAUUUUAGUUUUUUUCUUGGGGUGAAAACAACUACAACCCAGAAUGGCCGUAAUGUAAAACCACAAAAAUUGAUUUGAAACUAAAGAAAGAAAAAUAUUCAAAUAUAUUCUAGAAUAGAAAUUAAAGACGGAUGUAUUUGUUUUAAUUAAAACAACAAGUAUGUAUAAAUUGAAAAAUUUCAUAAUAAUUUUUAAAACCAUAAAAUUCGAAAAAUUUUAUAGAAUUUUUGAAAUUUCAGAAGUUGUUCUUACUACCAAAUAGAUUUGGUUCUAUUAGAAGGUCAAGCAUUCCGGUUUAAAAAAAGCUUUCCGAAAUUGAAUUCCUUACAAAUUUUAGGCAAAUGUUUUGAAGAUUUCUUUUAUAAAAAAUUUAAUAAUUUUAAUAUAAUUUUAUAAAAAAAUGUCAGGAUUUCAAAAUUUCAACGUAAAAGUUCAAAUUCUUAAAAUUUGUUUGGAAAUUUGUUUCAUGAAGCGAUUGUUAAAGAAAAUUUUAGAUUUUCAAUACUAUUUCAUAAAAUGUGUGCGAUUGGGAAAUGGUUUUGGAAUUUGUUUGGAAAAACAUUUUAAAUCGAUUCUCAAAAGUUUGGACUCAAAAUGUUUUAAAUCUUUAAACUAUCAAGAAGAUGAAGGGCAACAACAGUUCUAAAGUGUUUAUCAACAAAAAAUUAUUGAAAGAACAAAAUACAUUUUGAAUUUUUUUAGAAAUUGCCUACAUUUUCAACAUACCUUUAAAAUUCACUCAAAUUUAAUAAACACACCCACCAAAUCACCAACAAUACACUGACGGAAAAGUACUUGAUUACAACAAUGAACUAUGAACUUUGAUAAUUAAAUAAAAUGUGUGUGUAUGAAUUAGAAUUUAAAUUAAUAUUGGAUAUAGUUAUUUAAUAAAAAAAAAGCAAAUAGGAAUACAUUCAUUAAUUUUUUUGUGAUAUACAAAAUAGUAAACAAGACGACACGUUAAGGACACAAUCCUAAAAAAAAACAAAUUAACUUACAAAAAAAGCUUAAAAAAAUCUAAAAGAACUUUGGAAAAAAAAUCUUAGUAACAAUUUUAUAGAAUAUUUCGAAAUUUUUUUUAUAUAAAAGAAACUAAAACCAAUAAAAUUUUUAACAAAAUUAUAAAGAAAUAAAAAAUUGCAAUAAAUUAAAAUUUAAAAUAAUAAAGGGAGUAACUAACUUAAGAUAAUCAAAAGAAAUUAAAUAAAAAUAUCUCUCUUCGCAUAUUGGAUAUAGAAAUUUGUAUUUGAGACAAAAAUAGUCCCAAUUAUAAAAAUAAAAUUA